GCAGAGCACAUGUUGUUCAGCAAUUUUGUUGGUAGCUGUUUGAGAGUGCACAUCUAUGAUACAAAUCUCCAUUCACACCUCAUUUAUUCUUGGAAAAAAGCAUGGUCUAACAUCUGGCCGGAUGUUUGCAAAUGCCCACUCUUCCCAUUCCCACGCCGUCCUGCAGGUUAUUUUAAGGCAGAAUAACCUGCUUCAUGGAAAGUUCUCACUGGUGGACCUGGCAGGGGAUGAGCGUGGCACAGAUGUCAGCAGCGAUGACGCAGACUAUGGCAAAGAUAAAUCGCAGUCUUCUAGCAUUGAGGGCACUGUAUGGUUUUCCAGAAUGCAUUCGAUCCAUUGGGCAGAAGAGAGAACACAUCCCUUUCCGGACGAGUAAGCUCACUCAGAUGCUCGGAGACUCCUUAAUAGGAGAGAAAUCCAUACAGUGUGAGUGUGACACAUGAGCUGACAGAGAAUUUUGUAGCACUCAAGAAAGCAUUCCAAGGCAUAACCAUAAGCAGAGACAAAGGCAACUUAAACACUCAAUACAGAGAGGAAAUGGC